UUCAACUUGACCACCUUUUCUUUGAGACACAAACUUUGCAGCCUUUCCUUCUACAAUGGACUCAAACUACUGCCUCCACACGUCUCUCGACCUCAACCUUAACUCCUUCCCUCACAUCAUCAAUGAAGAUGAAGCUCCUCCUCCGAAGAGAGAGUUUGUGGGAGAUUUUGCUCUGGUUAAUGAUGAGAAAGCACCUGUUAAAGAAGAGAAGAGAGAGUUUGUGGGAGGUUUGGCUCAGGUCAAUGAUGGGAAAGCACAAGCACCGGUUAAAGAAGAGGCUUGCCUAGCCGGGGAGUUGGAUCGGGUGAGCUCUGAGAACAAGAAGCUGACAGAAAUGCUAGCUCACUUAUGUGAGAAUUACAAUACUUUGCAAACCCAUUUGAUGGAUCUGGCAUGCAAGAACUCCAAAAAUGAAGCCAUCAAUUCCAGGAAGAGAAAGGCUGAGAGUGACUACUAUAGCCGGAAUUUGAUUGGAAUUGAUGGAAAUACAGAGUGCAGCUCUAGUGACGAAGAGUCAUGUAAAAGACCAAAGGAAAACAUCAAGACAAAGGCUUCAAGGGUUUGUGUACGGACUGAUGCAUCAGAUAAGAGCCUAAUUGUGAAGGAUGGAUAUCAAUGGAGAAAAUAUGGUCAGAAGGUCACUAGAGACAACCCUUCUCCUAGAGCUUAUUUUAAGUGCUCUUUUGCACCCAGCUGCCCAGUCAAGAAGAAGGUGCAAAGAAGUGCUGAGGAUCCAUGUAUCCUGGUGGCUAUUUAUGAAGGGGUGCACAACCACAUGAGCCCUUCUCAUGCUGAAAUAUCAUUACGGUCGAGCCAAUGUGCAAACCAUGGUUCUUCUAUUCACAUAUCAUCACCCAUGAGAUCUUCAGCUCCUACAAUGACCCUUGAUUUGAUCCAACCAGGGUUGUCAUGUAGAGCCAAGAGCUCCAUCCAAGAAGUUGAAUCACCACCCCUCCAACAGUUCUUGGUCCAACAAAUGGCUUCCUCCUUGACAAGAGAUCCCAAUUUCACAGCAGCACUUGCCGCAGCCAUUUCAGGAAGAAUUUUAGACUCCACUAACUGAAAAUUUGAGAAAAGAGUUGAAGAUGCCUGCAGAGAGUUUUAUGUUAUUAUUGUCUUGGUUACAUUGGGGAGUUUAGCUAUGUAAAUAGAGAUUAGAAAGUAAGGGAGAAAAAAAUUGUGCGUCUCUUUGAUGGUUUUAUUUUGGGAUAAAGUUUUUUGUCAAAGUGGCCGGUCACAGGAAUUUCCGACAACCCAAUUUGAAGAAAAACUUUGUUUUUUUUC